CUCGCUCUCUCUCCCCCCGACCUCUCCCUCCAGCCGGGCGUCGGUGCCUUUCCAUCCGCCGCAGCAGUGGCGCCGGCACUGCGGAGCUGCCCGAGCCAGGACCUCCAUCAGUCGAUCUGGAUUAGCUCCAUCUAAAUUCCCCACCCUUUCCUUCCCAUCUUUUGUUUCUUCUAUUUUCCCAAACCUCCUUUCCUGCAUUUUCUUUAAAAAAAAACAACAACCUCAAGAUGGUGCAGAAGAAAACAGAACUAACAGGCUUUCAUCGUUCUUUUAAGGGCCAGAAUCCUUUCGACCUGGAAUUUUCCCAAGCCAAUCACCUGGAGUCAGUCUUCAACUUUGAAUGUCCGUCUCGACUCGACAUGCCUUCAAGCCAGCCCAUUGAUAUCCCAAACGCCAAGAAAAGGAACAAGAAGAAAAAAAGGUGCCGGGCAACGGACAGCUUUUCAGGGAGGUUCGAAGAUGUUUACCAGCUCCAGGAAGAGGUCCUUGGAGAAGGGGCUCAUGCGAAAGUCCAGGCCUGCGUCAGCCUCAUUACCAACAAAGAGUAUGCAGUGAAGAUAAUUGAGAAGCGUCUUGGACACAUCCGAAGCCGGGUUUUCCGAGAGGUGGAGAUGCUGUAUCAAUGUCAAGGACACAGGAACAUCCUGGAGCUCAUUGAGUUCUUUGAAGAAGAAGACCGUUUCUACCUCGUGUUUGAAAAGAUGAGAGGAGGCUCCAUCUUGACCCACAUCCACCGCCGGCGCCAUUUCAACGAACUGGAGGCCAGCAUGGUGGUCCACGAUAUUGCCAGUGCCCUUAAUUUUUUGCACAAUAAAGGAAUAGCACAUAGAGAUUUAAAACCAGAAAAUAUUCUCUGUGAGAGUGCUGACCAGGUUUCCCCGGUAAAAAUCUGUGAUUUUGAUUUAGGAAGUGGGAUCAAGAUGAACGGAGACUGCUCUCCCAUCUCCACCCCUGAGCUGCUCACUCCGUGUGGCUCAGCGGAAUACAUGGCCCCGGAGGUCAUGGGGGCCUUCAACGAGGAGGCGUCCAUCUACGACAAGCGCUGCGAUCUGUGGAGCUUGGGGGUCAUUCUCUAUAUCAUGUUGAGCGGCUACCCGCCGUUCGUGGGCCACCGCGGGACAGACUCCGGCUGGGACCGCGGCGAAGCCUGUCCUGCUUGCCAGAACAUGUUGUUUGAGAGCAUCCAGGAAGGGAAGUACGAGUUCCCGGACAAAGACUGGGCUCACAUUUCUUUCGGAGCCAAAGAUCUCAUAUCAAAGCUCCUGGUGCGGGAUGCCAAGAAGCGCCUGAGUGCGGCUGAAGUUCUCAAACACCCGUGGGUGCAAGGGUGUGCUCCAGAUAACACGCUCCCAACUCCAAUCAUCCUGCAAAGGAACAGCAGUGCCAAAGAGCUGACUUCCUUCGCUGCUGAAGCCAUCGCCAUGAACCGGCAGCUGAUGCAGAACGAAGAAGAAGCAGCGGCGGAGGAGGAGGAGUCUCAUCCCAUAAUUAUCAAAGCUACCUCAUGCUCCAUGCAGCUUUCACCCCCUUCGGAGUCCAAGCUGGCCAAACGGCGGCAGAAGACCAGCUUGGCCAAAGCGGAGGCCGGCCAGCCCCGGCUGGCUCCCUUAGUCCUGGUCGGCGACCACAUGUGACUUCCUUCCACCCCGUCUCCUCUUGAGUAUAUCAUGCCGGGCUUUUUCUUCCGUUUCCCAUUCCUUUUGUCCCCCUUUUUCGGACAAAAGAAAUUUAAUAAUAAUAAUAAGCUGUUUGAGUAGCUAGGGGGAAAACACACACACACACACAAGAGAAAUCGAGAACUCUGUUCAAGUUGGCUGGUUUCCAAGGAUAAUUUUGUUUGUAUGUUCAUUUGUUUGUUUACUUCCUGAUUUUUGUUUUAACACUGGCUGUCCUUAUUUUCCCCCCACCAUUUUUUUAAAAGAAGCAGAUAUUUUAAUCUACUUUUAUCCCCGUAAGGGGUUUUCUCUACUUGCACACACAUCCAGUAUAAUUUUUGCUUAAAUUUGAUUUUCUUCUUCUUGUGCUCUCGAGACAUAACGUUGGGUUGUUCCCCUUCUCUUACUUGAAGGAAGGACAACUUCAGUAACUGGCCGUUUGUUUCUCUGUCUGUCUUGUUCCUCCUUGUACUGUGAAAGAUGGGGGAGGACCUCCCCUUUUACAAGUCCUCAACCAUUUUUUUAAAUAGUAUUCUUAUGUUGGGGCGCAUGACUUUGUUCCAUGCAUCUACUUUUCUGUUUAGUUUGGCUCUUUGAUUUUUCUCUUCCUCUUUUGAAAUACUUUAUACAUACAAAUCCCGAAACUGAAAUCAACUGCAAUGUGUGGGCCGAGGAACCCGGGAUUAGGGAUUUUUGCCUUUUGCUUUGCUCCAGGGAGAUGUAAGAUCGGCUGAACUCACAAGAUGUGUCUGCGCGAACACCGUUAGAUCAUUUCAAUUGAUGUUGGGGGGAUUCUGAGAUCUGCUUUGGGUGAGGGAGGGAGUUUGGUGCCUUCUCAUGAAAGACAGCCAAAGAGCCGUCUUCCAGAGCCCUUUCACCAUACAGUAUUGCAAAUCCCAGCGAUUCUUAGGAUGGCGCUACAGGUUACAGUGGUAUUGAAUGAACGCAACUGUGUGGUGCAGGCACCUCUGCGAUUUCUCAUCCUCUUAGCUCUGAAUGUUCCCCUGAACACCAGGGAAGUAAACCAAAAGUGGGGCUGGUGGAUUAACGCUAUGGCGAAGGUGGGCAGAAGAGAGCAAUGGGACAACCUAGCCGAGCGAUAGAGCUAACACUGUUUUGUUGGGUUGUUUAGUUUUGUUUUCGGUCCUUUGUCACGCUCCCCCAGUGUACUCUGCUUCAGAUUUUUCAGGGCACUUAAAUUUUUGUUGGCAAUAUACCUCUCAGAUCCGCACUUCGGUUUUCCUAUCAAUGGCCAAACUGGACAUGGGGGUGUGGGGAAGCCUGUUUUAUUUAAAUCCAAGUCUGUUUUGGUCUCAAGUACGAUAGGGUAGUGUUUGAGUUGUUUUGUUAUUAUUUAAAGAACGAAGGGUGUUUGUAGGUGAAUGGGUGGUUUAGGGCCAGCCGUAACCAGGUCUGGACCCACUCCUUAUUUUUUGUUUUUCCGGGACGGUGGAGGACAUGAUGGAGCCGUGUAGCGUGGUCUUGUGUUGCCAAGCUCCUGCAGAAAUGAAAGUAUAAUUACCCUCCUUAAUAACAGGGAAACAAGACAAUGCAAGGUGAUAGAAACACUCACACCCCCCCAGGGGCUUUCAGGACUUAUUUUUAGGGUUUAUGCACAUGUGUGGCUGUUUGUUUGCUUAACCAGUUAUUAGAAGGGGUUUCUAAUAUUUUGGUGAACAUCUGUUUCAGAAAUAGAAAGCAAAAUCUUUGCAUUCUUUCCCUAUGCAUCUAAAACAAAAGCAAGAAGCUGUUACCGUGAAGCUAGCUGGAAGUUUUCAAGGGAUGAUAAGAGUAUCUGAGAUGGUGCAAUGACAGCAAUCAGAAACCUGUUUUGCAUUUGUGCUGGGGGUUACAAGCAAUCGAUGAUAGCUGUAUUCAGUGUUUCUUCUUUCACGGCAACAAGAAGCUGGACUCCUUGCUAAUCCAGGGAUAAUUUUGUACCUAAUUUGAUUUCUUCCUGAAAGUAAACCUCAGUAUUUGGAAAACUUUCAGAUUUACAGGAUGGUGGAACACUGGGUUCAAGUUGUGACAAAGAGAAGCAGGUUAGGAGGGUUUCUCAUAGUAGGCACCCCCUCCCUCCCCCAAAAAAGCUUAAGAAACAAGACAGAAGGGGGAUGUUAAAAUUAUAUUUGGUUAAAAGGUUGUUUGAAAACAACUUUAAUUGCUCUCUUCUUGCUCUCUCCACAUCUGCUGGCAUUUUUAAAAUCUUGGCCAUAUUUCUAUAUUAUAGCAUCAUGCACACGACCCCUUCAUUUGGGGGAGCCCUAACUACCCCAUCCCUUUAAAAAUCACACCUCCCUCAAGUGCCCCCCCAAUAAAUGCAAAACAGCUCAGUCUUAAGAGCUAGAAAACUAUGGAUAGGCUCGCCCCCCCCAAACGCUGCAGACUGACAUCUGUUUCACAGUGAUUGCGGAAAGUCUGAAGGGUGCCUGUAUAAGCGCGUUGUGCCCAUUUGCCAAUGCGAAGGAUCCACCUGGGUUUUGUUUGGGUAGCCCCUCCUCUCCUCAAAACCCGAGCCAGUUCCUGGUUUCUGUUGGGGUUUUUUUGGGAUGUGGGCACAGGCAGUCGCCCUGACGUUGACCCGAGCUGUCAUCAGAAGGUGCCCUAUUGCACAAAUGAGAAAAGUGUACCUUCCUUCCUUAAUCAAGAUGGAAAGAUGUUGCGUGUGCCUGUGGACUGGUGUUUGGGUUCCUUCUCCUGGGAUUGCUGCUAGCGGAGAACUCCAAAGUCCUAAGAGGAGAAUAGCGGCUUCUCUAGUUGGAAUAUUAAAUGUGGGUCGUGGUGGUCCUGUUCGACCGGCUUAGAUGGGAUGUCUAGCUGGAUCUUUGGGGGCCUGCCUCUGAGUAAACAUAAGUUGCUAACUUUGCUUCAAGUCCAAUGGCCCCAAAUGGCUUAGGGUGGAGACUUAAAACAUGGUGUGAUGUGUAGUGCAGUGGGGCACUAAACUUUGUGGAUUUAUUGCUUAAGAGAUGCAUCGACCUGAUGACCGGCUUUCUCGAGUCUUAGGAGGAACUGAAUCCCUGAAGGACUCACUUUAAAUAAUGCCUGAAAUCCCUUAGUAACCAGCCGUGCCACCAGUUUUUAGAUCAAAAUUUGCCAGUGUGAAGAGCUGGUGGCAGAAGUGAUGUUUCUCCUGUUAAAACCUCCUCUCCUGAGGUAGACUGCUGGAAAUAAUUGUGUCGGUGUUUUUGGAACCAUACUUUCCUCUGAAAAGUUUUUUAAGGAACACAAAUCUAACAAUAAUACUAUGCAAUAGGUGUUCAGGAGUGGGUGAUAGAACAAUUUCUAGAUAUCUUGGCCGUUUUGGUAACUUUUCAAUUUGGGAGGAUCCUCCUUUUCUGACGAAUGAGCUGGCUGAGGUUCAUUCACCCUCUCCAUUUGUAGUUGCUUUCUUUCCUUGCCAUGCAAAUUUCUCAAUUGGAUGACAAUGUUCUUUGGGUUGGGGAGCCGCACUGGCCUCCGGCCCUUAAACCUGCUCAUGCGGCCACCCGGAAGAGCUGUUUAUUAUUAUUUUUUAAAUGAACUUCUGUAGUACGUGUAAAAGAGAAAAUUUGCAUAUAAUGCCUUUUGUGGUGGGUUGUAGAUCAUAGUCUUACAAGGAGAAAUACUUGAACAACGUAUGGUUGCACACGACUGUCAGGGAAGCCACCAUAAGGCUGCAGGUCCAACAGCUUUUUAAAUGUUCCAGGGUGGCACGUCUUACUCUUUCAGCACAAGAAACCAAGCUCAUCUUGGGUUGGCCAUGCAAGAUUUGAGGGGGGGGGGAAGCAGAAAUGCUUAUAGAGCCUAUGAAAGUCUGGAGGAGAGAUCUUGGGUGUCUCUAGGCUACAGACUAGAAAUCCCUUUGGGACCCCCCCCUUUUCCUCUGCCUCUCAGCAUCCCCAAAACAGAACCCUGAACACGGUGGGAUUGGCGGAAAGGGGUGAAGAGUUCCUAGAACAGGGACCGAGCUCAUUAAAAUGAAUUUGGAGACUUAAUUUGGGGGCAGAGAUAUAAAACGGUGGCAGAACUUUGGCUGUCUGGAAUCCAGCAGAAACAAAGCCACCUUGUUCUCUGAAACAAACGGAAGUACAAAAGCUGGCAAUAUAAGCGCUUCGCUCCCCUUCCUGCCCCCCAGUUGCAUUUUUGGUUGCCCCCCCCGGAGGAAGUUGGGGCGGAUGGGAUUCCCUUCUUUUUGGUUCCUCUUUGAGUCAUUGGGAGAAGUACCUCCUGCUGUCUUUUUUUUUUUUUAAGGGCAAAACAUGGAGUGAUGGGGAAGCUCUCAUGAUAUUUGAUCCCAGUGAGACUCCUUCCCUUCAAUCUCCUUUUCCCAAUCAGGAUAUUUCUCAGGAUUUUUUGUAGCACUUGGGACAUUUUCUCAGAGGUCCCUUUUCAUUCCCCCCCCCCCCGGACAUAUGCCCAACGUUUUAAGAAACAUAAACAAGGCCAUAGAGGUCGGACGUGUGGCAGGAUUGCCUGUGGGUGAUUGAUCUUCGUGUUAAACAUCCUCUUUGUACUAUUUGUCAAGAUAGAUAUCCAGGAAAAAAAGCAAGUGGAUUUCUAAAGUCGGCCCCUCCGUACUGAGGGACAGCCCUCUCAAGAGGCAGCUGUGCCAUGUGGCACGAGAUGAGUGCUGCUUCAUUUUUAAGGGACUGAUUUUUCUGAAGGGUGCAUUUUGCUUCGUCGUCCCUGCGUUCCACAGAUUGGGAAAUUGUGUAGACUGUGGAUAAUAGGUUUGUGACUCAAAACGUAUCCGUCAGCAAUGCAGGUUUGGGAUGAGGUGCCCAGCUUCCACAACUGAAAGGGCUGAUUUCAGGUGCGUAACUGGCCUUGUGGAGCUGGUGUUUGGCACUGAGAAGUGUUACUGAAUUUAAAAUAAUUGUAAUAGGAACAUGACGGUUGAAAUUUCCUUGCAGUUCUGUGGCUUGCUGAGAUGGGACAGAAAAGGGCAAUGAAGUUUUAAGGUUUCACUCUUUGGGCAUGGCCCUGACACAGCCAGCAAAGGAGUGUAUUCGCCUGGGUGAUUUGAAGUUUGUUUCGAAGAUGGGGACGGGAGGGAAGAGGAGAAGGGAUUCAUGAAGCAUCAAAUGAGACAAAAGAUUUAUAAAUCUCAUCAGGAGCAACGGGACAGAAUUUCACAUUGACUCCUCGGAUGUGAAUAAAAACGGUUGCCUCCUCCUUCAUAAAACCUCCCACCUCACAGUGCACCUUUUUUUGUUUUGUUUUGUAUGUGACCAAAAUUGUGAAGGUGCUCAAAGAUUUCUUAUCUCUCUGUUCAGAGAUCAAAGAGGCAUAGAACAUUUCGGAGAAGGCGAAGAAAGGUCAUUCUCCUCCCCCGGGGAUGCCUGGAAUGGUAUGCUUUAAAAUUUAAUUGUGAGGUUGCAUUGACUCCCAAGGAGUUUUGGGACAUAUACAGGCUUAGGAAAUAAAAAUAUUCUCUUUUAUUGGAGAGAUCUGACAUGGUGCCCUAUUGAAGCCUAACACAGUUCCCCUGGUUUGCAGAAGCGUUUUACUGAGUUUCGAGGGACUGAAGACCCCAAAUACUCUUGGCUUCUUCCCAUGGCUUCCUCCCGACCAGCUAAUCUUACUCCAUUUUGCUUUCCAGGUCUUUGGGCUUAGUUUGUCUUUGAUUGCACCCAGUUGUUUUUCCCCCCUUUUCAGUUUGCAAUGAUUAAACUCUUAUGUGCCAAAGUUGUUGCUUUUGUUUUUAAAAUUCUCCUCCCCUCUCCCUGGGCAGUUUUCUUUUUAUUUCCUUUUUUAAAAAUAUAUAAAGAAAAACUUUUUCUCAGAAAGCCUUUUUUGUUUAGCACCUCCAGUUGAGUUUUGUUUCUGCAUAUUCGGGGAGAGGGAGGAAGGAAUGCCUUGAAGCUGUCUUUUGAUUUAAUGUCCUCUCUUCUUCCAUUCAUGUCAAUUUAGAACUGUUUAGUAAUAUUUUACUGUGAAAAUGUGGCUUUUCUCUCUCCUUUUUUUUUAAUGAGAAAAAAAAUCAGUCCAGGAGAAAUACUUUCCUCUGGCUAUGAUACAAAGACUGCCAAAGGUUUUUGUGUGUGUUUUUUCCACAUAAAGUCAUCUUUAAACGUACUGCUGGGGACUUGGGUGUACAAGAGACAGUCUACCAGCCCGGGACUGGUUUAAAAAUAAGGAAGGAUGAAAAAAAAAUCUUUAAAAAAAUUUAAAAUACAAAAACAAAAAACCAAGCACUUUAUUAUGUACCAGGUGAACUGAUACAGCUUGAUGGGACUUUUUUUUCCUUUGUAACACCUUGUUGAUGCCAGAAUUUUUUGUAUUCUGUUUUGUAAGAAUUUAAUAAAUGCAUUGAAACACA